CGGAUACAAUGUCUUGGACGCGCCCUCUGCUUUGUUCUCUCCUGCUUUGUUCCUGGGAGCUGAUUGCUGCACAGCUGAAAUAUUCCAUUCUAGAAGAGGUGAAAGUCGGAUCUAUUGUUGGGAACGUUGCAAAGGAUUUGGGCCUAGACGUCAGCUCCUUAACGAGCCGGAGGUUCCGCAUUGUGUCCGGCGCACAGGACGCGCUCUUUGAGGUAAACCCGGACAAUGGGCUUCUGUUUGUGCUCAAACGCGUCAACCGCGAGCAGCUGUGCGACAGGAACGCCGUAUGUGCUGCGGAUCUCAAAAUCGUCGUGGAGGACCCACUGGAGAUUCACUACGUCAGCGUGGAGGUAGCUGAUGCCAACGACCAUGCACCCAGCUUCACCGAGAAAGGGAAGAUGAUAGAGAUAGCAGAAAAUACAUUAUCUGGUGCAAGGUUUCAGUUACCAGGAGCGAGAGAUCCAGAUAUUGGAAUUAAUUCAAUCCAGCGCUAUAAAUUAAGUCAGAACGACCAUUUUCAACUUGAAAUCCGGGAUAGAGACGACGAUAAAAUCCCAUUCUUAGUGUUGCAAAGGCAGUUAGACAGAGAGCAGAAAAUAAAUCACAGCUUGGUUUUAUCUGCUAUAGAUGGAGGAACUCCUUCUAAAUCAGCAAACAUAAAUGUGACUAUACGUGUCCUUGAUAUAAACGAUAAUAGACCUAUUUUCUCUAAAGAGGGAUAUUCUGUUGUAUUGCAAGAAAAUGCCGCAUUAGGCACCACGGUAAUUAAAGUGCAAGCUACUGACCUGGACGAAGGAGCUAAUGGGGAGGUGGAGUAUGAAUUUGGAGGGGACAUGAAUGCAGAAGUGAUGCGUCUUUUCAGUCUGGACAAACAAUUAGGAGAAAUUCGAGUCGAAGGGCAAAUUGACUUUGAGACAUUUGAUGUUUUCAAGUUAGACGUGCAGGCGUCCGACAAAGGCCAGCCUCCUAUGACAACAGACUGCCGAGUCAUCAUAAAGAUUCAAGAUGUCAAUGACAACAAACCAGAGAUUGAGGUGACAUCCAUCACCAGCACUGUCCCAGAAGACGCAAAACGUGGGACUGUGAUUGCUCUCAUCAGUAUCACCGAUGUUGACUCCGGUCCUAAUGGUAAAGUCAUCUGCAGCCUGACUGAAAAUGUACCAUUUGAAUUAAAGCCGUCCUUUAAAGAAAACAUGUACUCAUUAGUGACUAAAGACGCAUUAGACAGAGAAACAAUAUCAAUCUAUGACAUUUCAAUAACAGCUACUGAUUGUGGGGAACCUCCUCUUUCUACGGGCAAAACAGUUAGCAUCCAAGUUAAAGAUGUGAAUGAUAACAUCCCGGAAUUUUCACACAACCCCUUAGAGUUGUAUUUGAUAGAAAACAAUGAACCUGGUGCGUCAGUGUUUUCUGUCAAAGCUUUUGAUAAAGACGUGGACGACAAUGCUGCGGUGUCUUAUUAUAUAGUCCGGCAGGGAGGUCAUGCUGAUAUAACAUCUUUCCUCAAUGUCAAUUCUGAUAAUGGACAAAUAUCAGCGCUUAAAAGUUUUGACUUUGAGACACUGAAAAGUUUCCAGUUCCAAGUAGUGGCCACGGACGGUGGGAGUCCUCCACUGAGCAGCAACGUGACAGUGAACGUGUUCAUUCUGGAUCAGAACGACAACGCUCCAGUCAUCCUGUAUCCAGUCAGUUCCAACGGUUCUGCUGAAGGUGUGGAGGAGAUUCCCCGCAAUAUGAAAGCAGGAGACUUGGUGACUAAAGUCAGAGCCUAUGAUGCUGAUAUAGGAUAUAACGGCUGGUUACUGUUUUCACUGCAGCAAGUCACUGACCACAGUCUCUUUACUUUGGACCGCUAUACAGGCCAGAUCAGAACACUUCGCUCAUUCACAGAGACGGACGAGGCUGAGCAUGGACUGCUCAUACUGGUCAAAGACAAUGGCAACGUUUCCCUGUCAGCAACAGCUACUGUGACUGUCAAACUUGUGGAGCCCAAAGAGGCUUUUGCAGCUUCUGAUGUCAAACGUGCAGCAGCAAAAGUGGACGAGGAGGACGACAAUGUGACUUUUUAUCUCAUCGUCACUUUGGGCUCGGUCUCGCUGCUUUUUGUCAUCAGCAUCAUCGUGCUGAUCGCCAUGCAGUGCUCCAAAUCCACAGAGUACACUUCCAAAUAUCUCCAAGACGCUAAUUAUGAUGGGACACUGUGUCACAGCAUCCAGUACAGAUCAGGAGACAAACGCUACAUGCUAGUUGGACCCAGAAUGAGUAUAGGUUCUACUAUAGUCCCGGGCAGCCACGCCAACACUCUGGUGCUCCCUGACAGGAGACACACUUCUUCUGGGGAGGUAAGACAUACAUUUAUUUCCAAUAGUGAUUGCUUACAAGAAAUUAUCUGUGCUUUUUGUAUGACUUCAGUCUAUGUGGUCUAA